ACCGAUGUCGCAACAUUGCCAACAACUUGACAUCUCGCUCUUCUACUCGGCAUGAACACCUGGCGACACAUCUUGAAACCUGCAUCUAUUCUGUUCAAACGAACCCCUACUACCGCCUUCGCAAACCGCCAACAACUACAGAUCUUCCGCCGCGCCAUGUCGUCGUCUGUUCUCAAGCAGUCCGUCAAGCUUGCCUGCGUGCAGCUUGCAUCGGGUGCUGAUAAAGCCGCAAAUCUCGCACGCGCCGCCGAACAAGUCAGCAAGGCAGCCAAGUCUGGAUCCAAGAUUGUUGUUCUGCCAGAAUGCUUCAACUCGCCGUACGGUUGUGACUUUUUCCCAAGCUAUGCCGAAGUCUUGCAGCCAUCGCCCCCAACACAAGAGGCGGCUCCCUCAUUCCACGCCCUUGCUGAGAUGGCGCGAGCAAAUGGUGUAUACCUUGUUGGAGGAUCGAUCCCGGAGCUGAACCCCGAAAACAAGAAGUACUACAACACUUGCUUGGUGUUUGAUCCCCAGGGAAAGCACAUCAGUACUCAUCGCAAGGUGCAUCUGUUCGAUAUUGAUAUCCCAGGAAAGAUCAAGUUCAAGGAGUCUGAUGUGCUGAGCCCAGGAAACAAGGUAACUCUUGUUGACCUUCCCGAGUACGGAUCCAUCGCUAUUGCCAUCUGCUACGAUGUACGCUUCCCCGAGCUCGCCAUGGUUGCUGCCCGUAAAGGAGCCUUUGCCUUGGUUUACCCCGGUGCGUUCAACCUGACCACUGGCGACCUCCACUGGAAGCUCCUGGCCCGUGGACGUGCUAUUGACAACCAGAUCUACGUCGCCAUGUGCAGUCCUGCGCGUGAUAUGACUGCUUCAUACCAUGCUUGGGGCCACAGCAUGAUCGUUGAUCCUAUGGCCAAGGUGCUUGUGGAGGCUGAUGAGAAAGAGACUAUUGUGGAAGCUGAGCUCUUUGGCGCCAACAUUGAUGAAUCGCGUAGCAACAUCCCUUUAAACACGCAACGCCGAUUCGAUGUGUAUCCUGACGUCAGCGCCAGUGGCGUCAGCUUUGAGGAGAACCUUUGAGGAUGAAAAGAGAAUGCUAUACAGUAACCAGCUUUCAAGCUCAACCGGAAUGGUAUCGGGGUAGUAGAGCUAGUGAAUUGUACAAAACAAAAGAAACAGAGGAAA